AUGUAUCGAACUCAACCCAAAUCCGCAACCUCUCCUCCUGUAGCAGCAGCCACCAAACCAGAAACCACAACCCAACCCAAUUCAGCACCAUAUUCUCAAUCCACCAACCAUCGCACAACAGCAUCUGUGUCCAACCCACAGACGAUCAACCAACAACCCAAAUCCUCAGGAACAACAAACUUCCUCCUCUCCGCUGGCGUCCUCCUCCUCAUAGCACACAUGAUAAUGGGUGCCGCCAUCGCAGAUUACCUCAGCGACGCACGUAAUUCGUUGAAGGGAUUCAACGAGGUUGUGCAGACGACUACGAUUACUACUACCAAAGUGCAAUAUGUCACUUCUGUGGAUUGGCGUGCUCCAUAUGUCACGAAGACUGCAUAUGGGGUUACGAAAGUGGAGGCUGGGAAGACUGUUACGGAGACUGUGUUGCCUACUGAGGCGUUGAAGAGGAGAAGGAGGGAUGGAGAGGUGAUGAAGACGAGUAAGAAGACGGCACGGACGACGAUGGCUAGGGUUUCGAAUAUUUGAGGGGUUGGAGGGUCUUGUGAUAUCUUGAUACUGAGAGGGUACUGGCAGAUAUGGCGUUAUAAAGCUUAUGCACAAACGUGCUCAUUG